UUAAACGCCGCCAAGCUGGAACUCAUGGAACUGGAGAACAUUGUCGCCAAUACGGUGUACCUCAAAGCUCGAGAAGACUGCAACAAAGGCAAAAGCAAAAAAUGGAAAAAAAUUCUCGCCUUCCCCCACGUGACGUUAGCCUUGCCUUUAAAGGAUCAGAUCGACUGCAGAUACAAUUUCGUAGUGGAACGUCAGCCAAUUGGAAAAUUGUUGUUUCGCGAAUACUGCUCGACGAAGCUACAUCUGAAGCGAUGUCUCGAGUUCCUCGACGCGAUCGAGAGCUACGAGUGUCAGGUCGAAGAAAAACGUUUCGUUGCUGCCGAGGAAAUUCUCCACGCGUUCCUAUUGCCAGAAUCGACGCAUUUUUCCGACAUUAUCAACUGUGAUCUCGUGGCCGAGCUCCGGAAACAACUUGGCUCGCCGGACGACACCGAGAAACCGCUGAAGGAUUUGUUCGCGCCUUGCACCGGAGCUCUGAAAGAGUAUUUGAGCGGUAGUCCCUUCGAUGAGUUCAAGGAGACGAUGUACUUCCAUAGAUAUCUCCAGUGGAAAUGGCUCGAGGCACAACCAGUGACACAGAAAACGUUUCGGAUGUAUCGAGUUCUGGGCAAAGGCGGUUUCGGGGAAGUGUGUGCUUGUCAGGUGCGGGCGACGGGCAAGAUGUAUGCGUGUAAAAAACUAGAAAAGAAACGGAUAAAAAAGCGUAAGGGAGAAAGCAUGGUUCUGAUCGAGAAACAGAUACUCCAGAAAAUCAACUCACGUUUCGUGGUGAGUUUGGCAUAUGCGUACGAGACGAAGGAUUCGCUCUGUUUGGUUCUGACGAUCAUGAACGGGGGUGAUCUGAAGUUCCACAUUUACAACAUGGGUGGCGAGCCCGGUUUCGAUCUGGAGCGCGCUAGGUUCUACGCUGCCGAAGUCACCGAAGGUCUCGACCAUCUUCACGCUCAGAAUAUCGUCUACAGAGAUCUCAAACCUGAAAACAUCCUACUAGACGACCAUGGCCAUGUGCGUAUUUCGGACCUCGGACUCGCCGUGGAAAUUCCUAAAGGCGACAGCGUUCGCGGUCGAGUCGGGACCGUAGGAUACAUGGCGCCGGAGGUUGUCGAUAACGAAAGGUACACUUUUUCACCCGACUGGUUCUCACUUGGGGUGCUCAUCUUCGAGAUGAUCGAGGGACAGGCCCCAUUCAGGGCUCGAAAAGAGAAAGUCAAGCGUGAGGAGGUUGAAAGGCGAGUUCGCGAAGACAAGGAGAAAUACUCUUCAAAGUUCUCGGAUGAGGCCAGAGCGAUCUGUCAAGCCCUCCUCGCCAAGCAGCCUUCCAACAGACUCGCCUGUCGGAGCGGGAACAACGGGGCGUCUGAGCUCCGGCGGCACGCGUACUUCAAGAACGUGAACUGGAAACGAUUGCAGGAGGGCAUGCUCGAACCUCCUUUCUUGCCAGACCCGCACGCGGUCUACGCUAAAGAUGUUCUCGACAUCGAACAGUUCUCAACAGUCAAAGGCGUCGCUCUCGAUGCGACCGAUGAAAAUUUCUACGGUAAAUUCAAUUCGGGCUCCGUUUCGAUACCAUGGCAACAGGAAAUGAUUGAGACCGAAUGCUAUAGAGAGCUGAACCAAUUCGGGGAGGACGGUGGGCCUUCGCCGGAUCUCAUGUUAGACGGACCUCCUCCGGAAGAAUAUCAGGGCUGCUUCCCAUUCAGACGGAAAGCUAAGAAACACGGGGCUGUGGGGAGCGUGGGAACGAUCUACGUCAAGAACGCCGGGCUAUCGACGCCGAAAAUUCACGACGAUAAUCUAUCGCAGGAGCAGACUCGAGACAAAGAGAACAGCAAUCACCGACAGGAGAACUCAAGGCCGACAUCCGGCCAUGCCAAGGAAUCUUGA